AUGGCCACAACGCCCGUGGACUACAGCAGCGAUCCCGCAAUUAACAAUUUGCGGGAUUAUCUUCGCAUCCGGAGUGUUCAGCCCAACGUCAAUUACGAUGAGUGUCUAAAUUUUCUUAAAAGGCACGCAGCGGAGAUUGGUCUUCCAGUACAGGUGUUUGAGGUCGUGCCUAAGAAACCAGUUCUGGUGAUGACAUGGGAAGGUCUACAACCAGAAUUGCCAAGUAUACUUCUGAACUCGCAUAUGGACGUGGUUCCAGUGUUUGAGAAAAGCUGGAAACACCCGCCUUUUGACGCUCAAUUAGUCGACGGUGUUAUCUAUGGGCGAGGGGUCCAAGAUAUGAAGUCUGUUGCAAUUCAGUACCUUGAAGCAGUAAAGAGAUUGAAGAAUAAAGGGAUACGUCUCAAGAGGACAGUUCAUCUAAGCUUUGUACCAGAUGAAGAAUUAGGCGGUAAAAAAGGAAUGAAAGAGUUCGUCAAAACAGAACACUUCAAGAAGCUGAACGUGGACUUCGCUUUAGACGAAGGCAUCGCUAGCGCAACCGAUGAGUACCAGGUGUUCAACGGCGAAAGAACUAUUUGGCACUUAAACGUUAUCUGCCCGGGCAAGUCGGGCCACGGCUCACUGCUGCUCCCGGAUAACUGCGGAGAAAAGAUACGAUACAUCAUUGACAAGUUCAUGGAUCUGCGUCAGGUUUCAAAGAGCAAGUUGGAGAGUGACCCAUCACUCACAAUUGGUGACGUUACCACAAUUAAUCUGACUGUGCUUAAUGGUGGAAUACAAGAUAAUGUCAUUCCGGAGAAAAUGACCGCCACUUUUGACAUCCGUCACGCACUGUCUGAGGAUUUGGAGAGGUUCGAAAACAUGGUUAAGCAGUGGUGUAAGGAAGCUGGUGAUGGAGUUACUUAUACAUUCAACCAGAAGGACGUGUACGUGCCUCCAACGCCUGUAGAUAAUACAAAUCCGUACUGGCUUGCAUUCAAAUCCGCUGCUGAUAAACUUGGCAUAUCGCUGGUCGUCCGUACGUUCCCUGGCGGCACGGACAGCCGCUUCGUGCGCGCUUCGGGAAUACGUGCCCUCGGCUUCACGGCCGCGCGCCUCACCACACCAGGACUGCACGAGCACGAUGAGAGUCUUCGCGCCGAGCAGUUCCUGCGCGGCAUACAGAUUUAUGAGGAGGUUCUACCAGCAGUGGCGAAUGUUUGA